CGCCGGCAGGUUUAGUAUCGUUCAGUCGUUGACGCUGCUAGGAAGUUUAGAAAAAGGUUGAUCAUGGACAAAUGGGUUGGCAAGAUAGCUCUGGUCACGGGAGCUAGCGCAGGGAUAGGUCAGGAUCUGGCCUUGGCAUUGGCCGAUGCGGGCAUGAAGGUCGUCGGAAUAGCUCGAAGGGUUGAAAUGGUGGAAGCUUUGGUGGGAAAAGUUACCGGAACUGGACAGAUCUUUUGCCGGAAGUGUGAUGUUUCCAAUGAGGAAGAACUGCUGCAGACCUUUUCCUGGAUACGCGAGGAACUAGGCGGCGUGGAUGUUUUGGUUUGUAACGCUGGGGUGUUUCGGUGUAACUUCUUGACGCAGAGUGAUUCGGUUGAUUUCCGGGACACCUUUAACGUCAACGUGGUCGGUACCUGCAUCUGCAUUCGUGAAGCUGUGAAAGAUAUGAAGGAGCGUGGAGGUUCGGGACACAUUUUCAUCGUCAACAGCAUCCUGGGCAAGCGUAUCCCCGACGUAUCGGUCCCGAUGUACGGAGCUUAUCCGGCGUCGAAAUUUGCCCUCACUGGAUUGGCAGACGUUCUGCGAAAAGAAAUGAUGUUCUUCCAGUUGCCAGUUCGCGUUACGAGUAUUCAUCCGGGAAUGGUUCAAACGGAUAUGAUCAAAGUGUUUGACUCGGCGCUGGCUCAACGGCUUCCCAAGCUGAAUGUGGCAGACAUCACAUCGAACGUUCUUCAUUGCCUGAGCGCCCCGAUGGAUGUUCACAUUGAUGAACUCACGGUGAUGCCCGGAAUGGUUCCAGCUUCCCAGCAAUAAAUUAGUUUCCCGGACGAUGGAGCCAUGCAUGUAUAGUUGGUUCAGUUGCGAUGAACUAGCGCAGUAAUCCACCCACAACUAGCACACCGAAAACCCAUUUCAUUAUAACCACAGGACCACACCACAGCACAGUUACCGCCAAUAAAAUCCAAUUGCUCUCUUAAAAUCA